GUCAUGAAAUUCUUCUUCAUCUUCAGCCUGCCACUGGUAGAAAAUUUUUCUGACUUCGACCGCCGGUGAAAAGUUCGUAAAUCAAAGCUUUUAUUCCCAAAUAAUCUUCUCGCUGCUGCUACACUUUUGCUGGACUGCAAUUGAUUUCCUAUUAUCAAGCUCCAAGAUUUGGUAUCAGUUGAUCUAUCGAUUGGAAUAAUGGCGGAGAAGGUAUCAACGGCGAAAACCCCUGCCGAUUUUCUCAAGUCCAUACGCGGUCGUCCCGUUGUAGUUAAACUGAAUUCUGGGGUUGAUUAUAGAGGUAUUCUUGCAUGUCUGGAUGGUUAUAUGAACAUUGCAAUGGAACAAACAGAAGAGUACGUGAAUGGCCAGUUGAAGAACAAAUAUGGGGAUGCCUUUAUUCGUGGAAAUAAUGUGCUCUAUAUCAGCACAUCAAAGGGAACCUUGGCAGAAGGUGCAUAAAGUCAUGAUAAACGUCAGAAGCUUCUUAUGGUAAUUAUUAUUGCGAGAACUUGGUUAGCUUUGUUUUGGUAACUUUAUUGGCUUGAUUAGGUCAUUGCACACCUGUAAUAUGUGCACCCAAAGGUAAUAUUGACUCAUCCAAGAUCCCUUUAUUGUUAAACUUACUUGUUGCCUGGAAAUGCUCACCUAUUUAAUCGACUGUUACAUUUGUAUCUUUUAUAUAUUUAUCACUUUAUCUCA